CAAGGCAACAGACAGAGGCAGACAAACAGGCAGAGGAGUGAACUGACAUAUAAAGACAAAAAGGAAAGAGCAAAAAAAGAACAAACUGGAAGCAAGAGGGAAGAGAGGGAACAUGAACGGUUAAAAGAGGAUGUUGGUAUAGAAAGCAUGCUCCUGUACUGUGAUUAGGCAGAGAGGGUAUAAAGAAAAGGCAUAUCACGAGGGGCAAGGGGUGGGCUUAGGUAGUGAUCCAGAAAGAGAUGCAAACAGUAAGUGUGUGUAUCGGUGGAGAAUGCAGUCCAAAGAAGACAGUGAGGGUGGACUGUUGCUACAAAUGUGAAGAGACAAGAGAAAUUGUAAGCCAAGAGACAGAAGAAGAUCCAGCUUUUUGCAGUGUAAAUCCAGUACACCAUGGACACCAAAGUUUCUCUGCAACUCUAAGCCAAAAUUUGCACCUCACGACUGUGCAACAUGUCAAUGGGCCCUGGCCUCAACACAUCUGACCUAGCCAAGGGCCCCCAGACAACAGGACCUGUUGGGCUCCACACCCUUUUGGACUUGCUGGUGGGUGUCUAUCAAGAGUUCUACUGCUCAUCCUUUGCAAGGGAGAAGUAUGUCUCUGGUUUCCUCACAUGGGCUGAGCCCCUGGUGAGGCAGGUGAAGAAGACUCGGAUUAAAAGAGAAGACUUUCACAUUCUAAAGGUGAUUGGCCGAGGCACGUUUAGUGAGGUUGCUGUGGUAAAGAUGCGAAGCACACAACAAGUGUACGCUAUGAAGAUUAUGAAUAAGUGGGACAUGCUGAGGCGAGGAGAGACAGCAUGUUACCAGGAGGAAAGAGAACUUUUGCUGAAGGGCGACAGACGCUGGAUCACAGCAUUGCACUAUGCCUUUCAGGAUGACAACUACCUAUACUUGGUGAUGGAUUACUAUGUAGGGGGGGAUCUGCUGACUCUGCUCAGUAAAUUUGGAGACCGGAUCCCUGAGGACAUGGCUCAGUUCUACCUGGCUGAAAUGGUCAUGGCCAUUGACUCUGUCCACAGACUGGGUUAUGUGCACAGAGACAUCAAACCUGACAAUAUCCUGCUGACAUCUGAUGGACACAUCAAACUAGGUGACUUUGGUUCGUGUCUGAGGCUCCUAGAGGAUGGGUUGGCUUACUCGUCCCUAGCAGUUGGAACACCUGACUAUUUGUCUCCAGAGAUUUUAAGGGCAGUAGAAGAAGGUGGAAGUUAUGGUCCUGAAUGUGACUGGUGGGCUCUGGGUAUCUGUGCUUAUGAAAUGCUGCUGGGGACCACACCCUUCUACGCAGAGUCCAUCUCUGAAACAUAUGCCAAGAUCAUUCACUUUCAGGAAUAUUUUGAGUUCCCUCCUUCUGGCCCUGAAAUUUCAGAUAAGGCUCAUUCCUUCAUCACUGGACUCAUAUGUGAGAGGGAGGUCCGUUUGGGGAGGAAAGGCUCCAGGGACUUCAGGAGCCAUCCAUUCUUCUGUGGACUAGACUGGGGUUCCCUGCAUAAACUCCCUGCCCCCUUCUUGCCUGAAGUAUCUAAUCCAACUGACACCUCCAACUUUGACAUUCUGGAUGACUGUCUUAGUGAAAUGGAGACACUGUCUGAUGUAAUGGACAAAGCACCAAUAGGAGUACACUUGGCUUUUGUUGGAUACUCUUACACUGCUACCAGUCAGACAGGUGCUAUCGACCGCAGUCAAAACAUCAUGAUGCAGAUUGACCCCACAAGGCUCAGAGAGCGUGAUAGUCUGUACACACCAGAGAAAGUGAGCCAGCUGUGGAAAAUCACACAUACCCUACCGGACGACCUGCGUGCACUAGUGGGGCUCCCACUCACUCUGGAACAAGAUCCUACUGCAUCCUCCUGUACCACCACUGAGGAAGAGGUGGAAACUGACAAACUAUCAGGACUUGAUGAAAGCAUGCAAAGACGGUUACAAGAAGCAGAGAGGAGAUAUUGUGAGCUGGAGAAAGAAAUGGAGAGAUUGAAGGGGGAGAUGCAGGAUUGGACAGGCACCAAGGAGACAGAGCUGAGUAUCUGCCCAGCAUCUCUUGCUCUGCCUGCCCACUGUGUGGAUGCACCAGGGAAUAAGAAGAGAGCACCCCCAGCCUGCCAUUACCCGCUGGUGAUUCCUCUCCACCGUCACCUGCUCCUGUUCCACAGGGUUUGGCUACCACAAGUGAGGAGUGAAUCGUACCUGCUGGUGUGUGCCGAAGGGGGAGAGCUCCAAGCCUGGGAGAGACAUCUUUAUACCGAGCUCUGCUGAGUGACUUAUGUGAUUUCUUUCCCAUUACAAGAUUAAAGAACUGAACCCCUGCUCCAUGCUCACUCCCUGCCCCACUGCCCAGUCUUUAACAUUUCCACAGGUGAAGGCAGAGCGGUUU